AUAUGUAUAUAAUUAUAUAUUAUAUAAUUAUAUAUAUAUAAUUAUAUAUAUAAAGAUUAAGAGCUUCCUUUGAAUUCUGCCUGCUGAGUUAGUCAAGGCACAGCACAUCUUUAAAGAAAAAAUACUACAAACUUUGUAAGUUUAGAUUCCAGCAAAGCCAGCUUUGGAAAUCUGGAAAGCUCCACGAUUUAUCUAAUCUAGAUAAAUCUAGAAAGCUUUGCCUCCGGGCUUUACCUGAUCUAGAUAAAUCUAGAUGUCCCUUCCUCACCUCCCCAAUGUUCUCUUCCUCCUUGGCAGAGGAUUGCUGUGUUGUUUACAUUCCCUCCACCUUGAAGGAGUGGAUCCUAUAUACACUGGGCUUGCAGUACCCUCUUUUCAAACCAAAGUCUUUAAUGACUCCUGUUACAAAUGAAAGAAAAACUAUUUGCAUCUCUGCAAAAAUGUACGCUCUAGGGCGGUAAAGUUAACCCCAUGAUCUGUUAUGCAGUAUGACUUUUUGGCCCAAGCUAUUUUUUUUUUCUCCCUGAGUUUCCAAUAAGUGAUGUAAAGUUAAUGGCCUGUACAGGUUGAAUUCUUGCAUUCUCAUCCUUCCUUUUUACAAUUCAUUGAUGAAUCUUUGUUUUGUUGCUGGUUCCCCCCCCCCCCCUCUUCGGAGCAGCAUAAUAGCAAUCUUUGUAAUAGUGCUGUAGAGAAGGUUAAUCUGAGGUUUUUUGACUUGACUCUUAAAAUCCUCCAGGGGAUUUCACGUUUGACAAAGUAGAACCUUGGUUUCCGAAUUCCAACUAUUCUAAUUCACUUUAGGGCAGUGAUGCCACGUUUAGCGUGAUGGAAGUUGUUCCAUGUAUUGGCUACACUUGUACGGCUUCUGGCAAAAAACCUUGGUUUUCAUUGAUUUGUAGAUAGAUGUUCCAGCUGUUUAGUUUAAUAGUAUUUGUAGCUUCAUGGAAACUCGUUUUAUUACCACAAAAUGGUACAGAAUUUAGAUAAUGGUUCCUGUAAUGCUGUUACGCUUGGGGACUCCUGCUAUUUAAAGCUAAAACUGACAGGUGGAUUCUUUGUCUGGUGGUAAUCUCAUUGUUUUGGAAGAUCAAAGCGUUUCUAUUGGCAUUUUAGUGAAAAAAUGGAUAGCCAAAGGGAUUGAAAUGGCAUUGUUGUUAGCACAAUUCCCCUAGUGUAAAGCAAAGAGUCUGAAGGCUUUGGUUUGAAAAGAGUGUGUGGCAUAUUGUAAGAGCUUGCUUCUUCCAUUUUUAUUUUUGCUUUACACAAUCUUUGUAAGGUCCCAAUUCCCAAAUCAAGCCCUACCGGGAACGAUAAAAAACUCAUUAACGAUGAUUUUUGGUGAAACCUUAAAAAUGGAUUUUCUUUAAACAUUCAGAACAAAAACUUACUGUUGGUAACGCCAUGGCCUAUGUUUUGUAUGAGGCUAUGUGGUGAUGUUUUGUGACUUCCCAGAAUCAAAUUAAAAUGUAAAUUAAACAUGGGUUUGAUAAUCCAGCUUCAUGGUCAUCAUCAGUCAAAGCAAUAGCAAGUAUCAGCCAAUGCUCUUUCACAGUUUCUGAUAGGGCAAGUUAGCUGAAAACUGUAAAAAUGGUAGGAGCAAGCUAUGCAUAUGCUCAUGAUCUUUUAUUAUUUUACAUUUGUAAAUUAAGGAGGUUUGAUAGAUUUAGUCAUUAUAGAAAACUGGCUCUAAAUUAUUGAUUGAUGAUCUUUCAGAGCAGUUGUUUUUUUUUUUUACCUUGCUCUCUGGAAUUGUUUGUUUUUGAGGAAGCAAUAAUGGCAUUGAGACUAUUACAUCUUAGAAGAAAGUUGCCUUUUUAUUCACAAGUCUCUUUCUUUUUAAAAAAUAAAGUCUCCCACUUACAUUAGUUUUCAUCUAACAAGCCUUUUAACCAAACUUCAUAUUCCACGUAUCUCUCGUGGAAUGGACUCGGUUGCUCCCUUCUGCUCAUAUUUUCCCAGCCACAAAGAAAAUAGUUUAAGUCUCAGCCUAAUCCACAGAUUAUGCAAAAAAAAAAAAAAUAAAACAUUAUCAGCUCAAAGAAAUACUUAAGUGGCUUACAAACACAGACAAUUUUUUUUAAAAAAGUGACCAAAUGAAAGAAACACCCCAACGUAAAAUGAUGGAUAUGUAGUUCAGGGGAUCAGCGAGUGUUUCCUGCCAAGAACCUCCUUAAAUUGCACCAAUGUUGCUGUUCCUAUGUAUGUGUGUCUCUCUAUCACAUAACCCAGGACUUCUUUCCUCAGCCGCAUAGCUAGGGGCCGUGCCUAGCCAUGAUUUUACCUCCAAUGGAUCCAGGUUUCUUUGGUGAAGAUUUCUUCUGAGAAUGCAAGACUAGCAGAAAGACGCGAGGAAUUGCCCACCGUUUGGUUCUUACGGAUAGGUAUUUAUGUACUUGGGUUUGUGUAAAUGUAAGUAAUUUGCCUUUGCAGGAAAAUAAAUAAAUAAAUUCCCUCUUGUUACAUAGCUGUUACAUAUGUUGGCCAGGGUCAUUAAGUGGUUGAACCACAAACGGUAAGGACGCAUAGCAGCUGGUUCCUCUUUUUAGAUAGUCCGCUUUUAAUUAUAAUCAGUAACUCCCAAAGGGGCUUGUUUUUUUGCGCUUGUUAACGGAAGUGGGUCAGGAGCGUUGAGUCAGAUUAAUGGGUUCCCUCAUUUAAUUCAGUAGAUGGUUCUUUUAUAGGUGGUAAGUAUCGAUAGAUUUGGCAGGAAGCUGAGCCCGAAGUCCCUUGGCUGACCCUCCUCUUCCUGUUGCAGAUACGAUGGGCGUGGCCACUUGCACGACCUUUCCGAGUACGACGCCGAAUAUUCCACCUGGAACAGAGAUUACCAAUUGUCCGAAGAGGAAGCCCGAAUCGAAGCUCUCUGUGACGAAGAGAGAGGAAGAAUAUAAGAGGCUGAGCGAAGCUUUGGCCGAAGAUGGGUCCUAUAAUGCAGUGGGAUUUACUUACAGUAGUGAUUAUUACGAUCCCUCAGAACCCACUGAGGAAGAAGAGCAGCCGUUCAAGGCCAAAGUGGCUGUAACCAAGGCAGAAAGCACGGAAGAAAACGAAGAGCCAUUUAUCGCCCCUUUGGGAUUGAAUGUACCUUCCGAUGUGGAACUGCCUCCCACUGCCAAAAUGCACGCAAUCAUCGAACGGACAGCGAAUUUCGUCUGCAAGCAGGGAGUCCAGUUUGAGAUUAUGCUGAAAGCCAAACAGGCUCGGAACUCCCAAUUUGAUUUCCUGCGGUUUGAUCACUACCUCAAUCCUUACUACAAAUUUAUUCAGAAAGCCAUGAAGGAAGGGCGCUACGCUGCUUCUUCAGAGAAGAAAAAAGAGGAGAAAAAAAAUGCAAUGGAAGAUGGCGAUGAAGAUGAUGACGAUGACGACGACGACAACGAAGGCAAUUAUCUGCAUCCCAGCCUUUUCGCGUCUAAGAAACGGAGCAGGCUAGAAGAGCUGAUGAAGCCACUGAAGGUGGUGGAUCCCGAUCACCCAUUGGCAGCCCUUGUUCGCAAAGCUCAGGCCGAAAACGCCAGUGCAGCUCAGGCGGGCGAAGGGACAGCUGCUCCAUCGUCCCAAAUGGAAUAUUCUUCUGAUCCAACAAUGGCAGCCAUGUACUACAGCUACUACAUGCUGCCCGAUGGAACGUAUUGCUUCGCCCCACCGCCGCCGGGGAUUGACAUGGCUACUUACUACAGCGCCCUGCCAGCUGGGGUGACGGUGUCGAGCACCACCGGCGUAGCCACCAUCACAGCACCUCCGCCUCCUGGCACGACGCCACCGCCAUCCUCUUCCGAAGCCAGUGAAGACACGAGUGGCGCAUUACCUGGCACAAGCACUUCAGCAAGCUCAAUUCCUCCAGUGGUUGCCGUCAUCCCUCCACCUCCAGAUAUCCAGCCCGUAAUUGACAAGCUAGCCGAGUAUGUUGCGAGAAAUGGGAUUAAAUUUGAGACCAGCGUUCGUGCCAAGAAUGAUCCGAGAUUUGAAUUUCUGCAGCCUUGGCAUCAGUACAAUGCCUACUACGAAUUUAAGAAACAGUUCUUCCUUCAGAAAGAGGCCAGUGACAGCUCAAAGCAGGUUGCCUCUUUGUCGGAGGACGUUUCUACUGACACACCCAGUGCAGCACCUGGAGAGACCCAGUUUCCUGCUGAGCAGAGUCCUGAAGACGCGGAUUCAGCGGUUGAAGGAAAUAAUGCCAAGGAUGCAGCUGCCAUCAAAAUUAGCAAUGAUGGCAAACUGAUAAAAGUGUCAUUUGCACCCAUCAGCUUUGCAAUCCGGGCCAAAGAAAACGACAUGCUCCCCUUGGAGAAGAACCGGGUGAAGCUCGAUGACGAUAGUGAUGAGGAGGAGGAAGAAGGCAAAGAGGGCCAGGAGAACGCCAGUAGCACCUCCAACAGCGCCGCCCUCCUGGCCCCCUCCAGCAGUGCCCCGGAAGAAAAAAAGCCGCAGCUGACCCAGGAAGAGCUGGAAGCCAAGCAAGCAAAACAGAAAUUGGAAGACCGAUUGGCGGCUGCAGCCAGAGAAAAACUAGCCCAGGCUUCCAAAGAAUCGAAAGAGAAGCAGCUUCAAGCAGAACGGAAGAGAAAAGCUGCCCUCUUUUUGCAGAAUCUGAAGAAUCCACUGGCAGACAUGGAAGUUGAAAAAAUGGAGGAAAGUGCCUUUAACCUAGAGACGGUCAGUAAUAUCCCCUGCGCUCUGUUGACCGGCAUCCGGACGUUACCAGUCCUAGAAGCCAAGGUGCCCGAAAGGCCUACCAGCAAAUGCAGAGAUCUCCCCAGAGAAGAAGAGAAAGAGAAGAAGAAGAAGAAACACAAGAAACGAUCCAGAUCACGGUCCCAGACCCCUCCUUCCAAAUACUACUCCUCCUCCUCUUCCUCCAAAGCCAAAUCGCGAUCCCAUUCGAAAGCAAAGCAUUCGCUUCCCACGGCGUACAGAACCGUCCGGCAUUCCAGGUCUCGCUCAAGAUCGCCGAGAAGACGGGCGCACACCCCUGAAAGGCAUCGAGAAGAGAGGAGCGUCCCGACUGCCUACCGUGUGAGCAACAGCCCGGGCAUCAGCAGAAGGCGCACCCGUUCCAGAAGCCCGCACGAAAAGAAGAAGCGGCGGUCCCACUCCCACAUCAAGUCCAAAGCAAGGUCCCACUCGCCGUCCGUCUCACCGGGAAAACAACCUGCCCAUAAGAAUUCCAGUCACUCGGCCAGCAUCUCUCCCGUGGAGAGUCGAGGAUCCAGCCAAGAGCGUUCUGGGGGAGUGCCUUUGGAAAAAGAGGGCCAGAUCUCUUCUGCGAUUGUGUCGUCUGUUCAGAGUAAAAUCACUCAGGAUCUUAUGGCCAAGGUGAGGGCGAUGCUUGCAGCUUCUAAAAAUAUUUCAACCAGUGCCUCUUGAGACGGAAGGAUGGAAGCUCCAGGAGGAACAGAAAGUCCUUGUUAGUGGCGGGGAGACGAGUCUUCCUGCGAUGCCGUUGAGUUGCAAAACUUCCUCCCAGGGGGAAGGGAGCCUUGUAAAUUAUGUUCUGAUUGGUUUGUUUCUCAGUAAGAAUUUUACGACGAGAGGUGCCUGUAUAUUUGUAAAUAGGACAUUCCGGCGAGUGUUACACAAAUAAAAAUGCAGAGAAAUCCUUUUUAUUAGCUAAAGAC